GGGGCAGAAGAAUCGUACGGAUCGUACAUACCAAGUUUCGUAGAUCCAUUUGUAAUAGUGUGGUUUGUUUCGAAACGUGUUCAGUGUUAUAUCUUCUGUUAUUUAUACAUGCAUUCGGGUGCGGUGGAAAGCAGAUCAACAUUUUUAUUUUGGAUUAUUUUGAGGAUAGGAAAGUUCCAGACCGAGUGCACUAAAUACGGAAGAUUUGAAAAUAAUUGAGUAUACAGAUCAGUCUGUCAAAUCAGUGAAAUUUUUUUUAAAGUGACCUAUUAUGAUGGAUCAAGGAUUUCCAGCACAACAUACUACAACGACGACGGUAACGACCACUUCUACUACAACACUGACAAGUAUUAGAUUCGACCCAUCUUACAUAAAAACAUUACCUGGAAUGCUCAAAGUUGCACAGGUGGUUUUGAAUCUUUUAGGUUUCAUAUGCAUUACGGUAACGAAUCAUAGCAAUUUUAGUCGCGGAGCAUGGUUUAACACUGUGGCCAUGGGUGGCUUUUGGUUCACAGGAAUAUUACUCGUUUUCUACUUAUUCCAUAUCGUGGAAAAAUUCUCGAAAAUUCCUUGGCUAAAAAUAGAACUUACAUUUUGCGUACUUUGGACUAUUUUCUAUGUACUGGCCGCUUCUCUUGCAGCUGGUCAUGCUAAAUAUAUAGAAGCUUUUGGUGCUGCAGCAUUCUUUGGAUUCUGCGCCAUGGUAGCUUACGGUUAUGAUGCUUGGCUCAAGUUCCAUGCCUCAAGAAGCGGUGCCUUAGCGCAGGGACAACAUACACCAAAACAAGUAUCUACGGUAGCGAGUCCUGCGUACUAGUUUCAUCACAAAAAAUGUGUGACUUUUAGAAGAAUUACACAAAUGGACCAGUUUCAAAACAUAUCUUUGCUUUUAUAGAGGGAGUUUGUUCUCGUAAUUCUUAUUCGUGCUUUCGUGCGUUCCUUAUUUUAACAGUUGAAUGUGAAAUGUUAAAACAAAAAAAUAACAGGCCACAACAGAUUUGAAAUUUUCGCUAUCUUUUAUCUACAGAGCGAAUGUACUCACUUACACACGAAAGCACGAUGUUCGAUGAUUUCAUAUUUUUGUGUUAUAAGGAAACGAUACACAUACUAUUAUAACAUAACGCGUAUUUUUGAAUCUCUUAUAUAUACAUAUACGGUAACUGUACAUUAUUUUGUGAAUUUUUAAAGUCUGUUAAUAUUAAAAGUAAAUAUUUUUAACAAUUAUUAUAUACAUACACAUAUAUUUGUAUACAUGUACAAGAAAUAUAUGUUUAAUCAGUAUUGUGUUCAUAUUAUAAA